UUCUAUGUCUCGGAGGAUCGCCUUUACUACACCGGCAAUGAGAAGAAUGCCACGAGGGUUCGGUACAUCUGUCUCGAUCGCGUUCCCGUACGACCAUUACCACACAGCCGGACGCCCCGGAAAGGAUGGGUGGGGACGGUACCCGACAUAGGCAUCGCGCUGGUCGAUCCCGUGAACCUGCACCAGAAGCCCGGCUUCCCCGCCCCCAUCAAGUCACCGCGCGGAAACCUGACACUGGACAAGAGCAGCGUCAUCGGCCUCGUCUCUGGAUCUCACACAUACUUUCUGGCCGCGUCCUCACACGACGAGUGGCUGGAGGAGAAGGCCCGCAAUCGCUACUUAGAGCAGCGCAACGCGGACACGGCCAUUUACGAGGUGGAGGUCAAGACCGGCAAGAUGAAGGGCGCCUCGACCGAUGCGCGCGUGUACCUGGAGAUGUACGACCCCCACGAGGAGGGGCAUACCUCCGGGGAGCUGCGACUGCUGGACAAGGACACGCACGUCAAGCCAUUUGGCCGGGGUGCACUGGACCUCUUCCUGAUUCCCUGUCGCAACGUGGGCUUGCCUAAGCGCAUCAAGGUGUGGCACGACAACACCGGCCGCCGUCCCGACUGGUUCCUGGAGUACAUCCGCAUCCGCAAGAAGGGCGCCAUCAACUGGACCGUGUUUCCCUGCCAGCGCUGGUUCUCCACACACCUGGACGACUGCCGGAUCAGCCGAAUACUUUUCGCAGGACAUGCGACGCCCUACAUCCAGUACAAGGUGGUGACGUACACCUCCGACAUCCGCGGCGCCGGCACCGACGCCAACGUGCACUUCAUCAUGCACGGCACGUUGGGUGACGGCGCCCGGCACAUUCUGUCCAGCGGAGCUGACGACUUCGAGCGGGGCAUGGUGAACGACUUCAUCAUCGACGACGAGGACCUGGGUGACUUGUUGGAGAUCACCAUCGGCCACGACAACACGGGCCAGGGCGCCAGCUGGCACCUGGACCACGUAACGGUGACCAACCUAAAGACCAACGUCACGUACCUGUUCCCCUGCCGCAUGUGGUUCGACACGCGGGUGGGCGACGGAGCCCUGGAGAGAACCCUGCAGGCGGCGGACUCCCUGCUGCGUAUGGCCGCCUACGUGUUCUACGUGUACACCAGUGACAUCCGGGGCGCAGGGACGGACGCCGACGUGUUUGUCGUACUGCACGGCGAGCACGGCGACACGCCCGCCACGGUCCUUCCUUCCCAGCUGGAGCACUUUGAGCGGGGCCAGGCCGACGUGUUCAGGCUUGAGCUGCCCUACGUGGGCAAGCUGCGCGCCCUGACUAUCGGCCACAACAACAAGGGCGACAGUCCCGACUGGCACCUCAUGAUGGUGGAAGUUGUGGAGGAGCCGGACCCACACCUACACGAGGAAGACGAGGACGACAAGUCGCCGGUGCGAGGUCGGCUUGCCGCCCUGUUCCCCCCCUCACCGUCGCGGCCGUCGCCUUCGCCGCCACCGCCGCCACCGAUUACGCGCUUCGUGUGCAAUAAGUGGAUCGGUCUGGGCCAUCCCGACCCGGAUAGCGGCGCACCGGAGGGGGUGCUGCAGCGCACGUUGAAGCCUGGUGGUGAAGACCCCCGGUUGGAGAUGACGGACUACCGGCUGGAGUUCCACACAGGCGAUGUGCGUGGCGCGGGCACUGACGCCACCGUCAGCUUCGUGCUCACGGGCGAGCGUGGCGACAGCGGGCGGGUGCGUGUGGACGCGGCACUGGAGGCGUUUGAGCGCGGCGGCAUCGACGCUUUCACGUUCCGCAUGCGGCGGCUGGGCAAGCUACGGCGGAUGCUGGUGUCUCACGACAACACUGGAAAGAACCCGGCCUGGUUUCUGCUCAAGGUGGUGGUCACCAGCACACACCCAGAGGAGCCGGAGACCACCGUGUUUAUCUGCAACCGCUGGCUUCAAGACCCCGACCGUGCCGUACACCCAGCCGUCGAGCUGCUGCCAGGCGGCGACCUGCCGCCAAUCGUACAUUACAAGGUGGCCGUCACGACGUCGGACAUCAAAGGUGCUGGUACUGAGAGCAAGGUAUACCUGGAACUCAUCGGCGCAGCAGGCCAGCUGGGCCCCGUACAUCUGGACAACCCUGCGGCCUUCGAGCGUGGCGCCACGGAUACCUUCAUCCUGGAUGCCCUCGAUUUGGGAGAGCUGCUGUGUCUGCGGGUCACGUGCGACGGCAGCGGCAUGCGACCGCUGUGGCACCUGCACCACAUCGAUGUCUGGCGGGAUCCUGCAGUAACGGACCCGGAGGCGGCGGUGUACUUUCCGUGCAGGGCCUGGUUUGACAAGGACGCCGGCUUCGUGAAGGAGCUCUACCCGGGCAAGCGUACGGACGAGGCGGUCAAGAUACCGUACACACUUCGGGUGUACACGGGUGAUUUGAAGAACGCCGGCACGGACGCCAACAUCAGCAUCAACCUUCAGGGCGACCGCGGGGAGAGCGGCUACGUGCCCCUGGUGGCCAACUACGACACCUUUGAGCGAGCCCAGGUGGAUACCUUCGAGCUGAUGCUGCCCGAUGUGGGCCGGCCGUUGUUCCUGCUGGUUCGCAGUGACGGCACCAGUCGCAAGCCCACCUGGUUCAUGGACUUUGCGGACCUGGCCUCCGAGAACAUACCCCUCACGUACUUCGUGGCAGGCAUGUGGCUGGGCCCCGAAACCGGUCUGGAGAUCCGCAUCCCUGCCGGCUUGAGAGACCCACGGGUCGGCCGAGUGGAGUACCUGGUUCAGGUCCACACAUCCGAUAUCAAGAACGCGGGCACUGAUGCGGGUGUAUGGAUUGAGCUGGUCGGUGACGAGCUGACCAGUGGCCGUCAGGCGCUUAUUGACACCAGCAAGGACACGUUCGAGAGGGCGCAGGUGGAUGACUUCAAGGUGGUGUGCCAGCCUUUGGGACCCUUGAGGUCUGUGCGCGUGUGGCAUGACGGCAAAGGAAAGCCGUGGCAUCUGGACAUGAUCGUGGUCACGGCACCCACAGGUGAGAAGUACUACUUCCAGUUCUGCAACUGGCUGGGCCCCUCCAACCCCAUGGCGGAGAUAAAGGCGGGGCUACGGGACCCCAAAGCCGACCAGAAGACAUACAAGGUGGUGGUUCGUACCUCGGACCUCCCGGGAGCCGGUACGGACGCCAACGUGUACUGCGAGCUGCGAGGCACUCGGGGGGGCACUCCACGUCAUCAGCUCCGGAGCCGGGCGGUCAACUGCUUUGAAAGGGGCAAGUCUGACGAGUUCGAGGUCAAGGCUGAGGAUUUGGGCGGUCUGCGGGAGAUGGUAAUCGGCCACGAUAACACCGGCAUAGGGCCCGGGUGGCACCUGGAGCAGGCCGAGACCUGGUACUUCGAGUGCAAUCAGUGGCUGGACACCAAGGAGGGAGAUGGCCGCACGGAGCGAGACCCCCGCAACAGCCGGGUGACGUACAAGCUGCGAGUCAAGACCAGCGACCGGCCCGGUGCGGGAACUGACGCCAACGUGUACAUCGACCUGCGGGGGGAGCUGGGGUCCACAGGCAAGACGUUCCUGAAGAACCGCAAGCUCAAUAACUUCGAGCGCAAUUGCCUGGACGACUUCACCGUCACAUGCCGCCAUCUGGGCCCCCUGCGGGAGAUGCUGGUGGGGCAUGACGACACUGGCCUGGGGUCGUCAUGGCACCUGGAGUACAUCGAGGCAUUCGACAGCGCAACCGGAGUGACCUGGUAUUUUGACUGCAACGCCUGGCUGAGCUCUACGGAGGAGGACUGCCGCCUGGAGCGGGUGCUGCCGGCGUCCCUGGAGAACCCUGCCAACAAGAGAACCAACUACAAGGUGCUGGUGGUUACCAGCGACCGGGCGGGUGCGGGCACCGACGCCAACGUGUUCAUCGACAUCUUCGGAGUCAACGGCACCAGCACGGGCCGCACACUGCUUAACAACAAGGGCAACGACUUCGAACGAGCCCAGUCGGACACCUUCACAAUUGCCGGCCGCGAUGUGGGCCCGAUGAAGAAGAUCCGUAUCGGCCACGACAAUUCGGGCAUAGGGCCCGCCUGGCACCUCAACCGCGUGGAGGUGACCAACCUCAAGACUGGCGAACACCGCAUCUUCCCCGCCAACCGUUGGUUCAGCAAAUCAGACGAAGAUUUCCAAAUCGAGCGAGAUCUCUUCCCCGGCGACGUACCAGACCUGAACGUGGAUUACGAAAUUGUUGUGGUGACGUCAGACAUACCUGGAGCGGGCACCGACGCCAACGUGUACGUCCAGAUGUACGGCACGGAAGGCGAGGCGGGACCUUUACGACUUGACAACCCGAAGAAUAAUUUUGAAGCGGGCGAUACCGACGUGUUCAACGUUCGGGCUCCGGAUUGCGGCGAUCUGCAAAAGAUCCGGUUGUACCACGACAAUAAGGGUUUCGGAGCGGCCUGGCACUGCGAAAUCGUCAUUAUUACCAAUAAGGCCCGAAAGCGCACCUGGUACUUCUACUGCGGCCAGUGGCUGGAUAAGAAGUCGGGGCUGGAGCGGAUUUUGUCGGCUUCCGACACCGACCCACGGGCCGCCCUGGUCACUUACACGGUCACUACACACACAUCCGACAUCAAGGGCGCGGGAACCGACGCCAACGUGUGUAUCGAGAUGUACGGCACCAAGAGCCGCAGUGGCGUACGGGAGCUCAAGGGCAAGGGUAAUUUGUUUGAGCAGGGAAAAUCGGACACCUUUGCUUUCAAGAUGCCGGACCUGGGCGACCUGACGGAGUUGGAAAUCUGGCAUGACGGUUCAGGUUUCGGAGCGGGAUGGCACCUGGACUUUGUGGAGAUCUACUACUUCCCUUGCGGUCGCUGGCUCGACACCAAGGAGGACGACGGCCUCAUCCGCCGCCGGCUGCCGGUAUCGUACAGGGACCCGCGUUCUUUCAAGGCGCGUUACCGCGUCAGCAUCACCACCUCCAACCUGCGGGGUGCGGGCACGGAUGCCAACGUGUUCAUCCAGCUGUUCGGGGAGGAGGGGGAGACGGGCCGAAUCAAGCUGGACAACCCGGGGAAGAACGAUUUCGAGCGCGGCAACACGGACGUGUUCCUGUUCGAGGACAAGAACGUGGGCAACCUGCGCAAAAUCCGCAUCGGCCACGACGGCACCGGCCUGGGUGCGGGCUGGCACCUGCAGCGUGUGGUGGUGGAGAACCUCACCACGGGCCAGAUGGUGGUGUUCGACGUGAACAGGUGGUUUGACCGUGCGGAGGACGAUGGCGCCAUCGAGCGGGACCUGUACCCCAGCAGGGGAGCCGCCCCCGGCGACAACGCGGUCAACUGGCGACUGAUCGUUGUCACAGCCAACGAGCGCGGCGCCGGCACCGAUGCGGACGUGUUCGUGACGCUGCACGGCGACCAGGGCACCUUCGGGCCCUACACUCUGCCUGCCCCCAAGGAGGCCUUCGAGACCGGCUCCACCGACACCUUCAGUCUCACCACGCCGCAGCUGGGCCGCAUUCAGGCGCUCACCAUCGGCCACAAUAACAAGGGUUUCGGAGCGGCUUGGUGCCUGUCGCGAGUGGAGCUCGAGAACAUGAACACAGGCACGAGCUCAGGGAAGGACGAGGGGGAAGGGGCCGGAGGACGACGGGGGACGAUGUCGGGGGAGGUGUGGGGGAGUUGCGAGCGCUACAUCUUCAACUUCAACAACGCCUGGCUGGACUCCAAGAACGGCACCAGCCGCACCACGGCACCGUCCAUGUUCGACGAAAACAUGGCCGGUAUGGGCGGACCCGGCGGAGGCGGUACCGGCUCUGAGGGUCCCACCACCGCCACCAUGGCGGCUGCCGGUGAGGGCAAGGCCAACUACCGUCUGGAGCUGGCUACUGGUCUGGGUCCGGAGGGGGCCAUGGUGGAUGGUCAAGUCAUGGUGGACAUCAUCGGAGCCGAGGACCACACGGGUGAGGGGCGGCAACUGCUCGAGAUGCCUUCCGACGGAUUCCAGCCCGCCCGCGUGGAGGAGUUUGGUCUGGCGGGGUUGCCGAUGGUGGGUCCAAUGCGGCAGCUGGAGCUGGUGCAUGCGGGCAGCGCGCCGUGGGAGGUUCGCUACGUCAAAGUGCACAACGAGACGACCGGAGAGAAGGCUGUGUUCGUGCCGGAAGGUCCGCUGUAUCCGGGUGUUCCCGCCCUGCUGCACCUGUGGACGCCCCUGCCAUGCGACUACCGAGUGGAGGUGCAGACGGGGGACACGUUCGGGGCGGGAACCAACGCCAAGAUCAGCAUCAACAUAUUCGGAGAGCUGGGUUCCACAGGCCGCGUGGAGCUCAAGUACGACGGUACGGAAGGCAGCGGCGGCGUGUGUGGCGACGUGUGUGCGACCAAGCCCUUCCGUCGCAACCAGCUAGAUGUGUUCACAUUGCGGGGACUGCAAGACACGGGCGACAUCCGGCAGAUUGAUAUCGGCCACGAUGACAGCGGCGCGGGAUCCGCCUGGUUCCUAUCCUGGGUCCGAGUGACCAACCUAGCCACCGGGGCAUCAGCCUACUUCCUGUCCGACAGCUGGCUAGCCAAGAACAAGGGAGACGGAUUCACACGCCGCCUGCUCACCGCGAUGAGCAACACCGGCCCCUCCCUGGCCAACGCGGGCACGCUGGCAGACGGCACCGCCACCGCCCACGUUACCGUGUCCCCGCGGGAGGGGCUGCUGGACCCAGCCGCCGCUGCGGGCCUGGCUCGCAAGCUGGCGGGGGGGGCAGGGGGCGGCGGCUCGGGUUACAAGAUCACUUUGCACACCAGCAACGUGUGUAUGGCGGGAACGGGUGCUGGUGUGUUUUUCGAGCUGAUUGGGGAGUACGGCUCCUCAGGCACCGUCAUGGUCACCGCCAACCCGCAGCAAUUCGCCCGUGGCUCCUCCGACACCUUCAUCUACCCGCGGCUUCCCUUCCUGGGAGAGCUGCUGCAGAUGCGUGUGGGUACCACGGGGGCUGGUGUGUUCGCCACCUGGCACCUGCGCGGCGCGGAGGUGGUGCACCUGCCCUCGGGCUCUCGGUACGUGUUCAACUGCCACAACUGGAUCGAUAAGAAGGUCAACUGGCAGAGGGUGCUGGUGGCGACGACGUCCGCGCCGGCGCCGGCGAUGACGCCUUCGAUGGGCGGCCGAAUGGGUUUUUAUUCAUAGUUAAAAUUAUGAAUAAUCAGUCAUAUAAAUUCUUAUAUGAAAUUACAUACUUAUAAUUUAUAAUAAUAUUAUGAGUAAGAGCUGCGAGGAAGUGAGAAUGAAGGAUGUGGGUAUUAAUUUUACAUGAAAUUGACAAAAAGAAGGUAAUUAUAUAUAAUUCCG